UCUUAAUUCAUCUGGAUUUACUCUCGUUUCCUCGCGGAGGAGGAGCAGCAUCAUUUACCACAGAACCACGUCACUCUGUCAAACUUUUUUCAUAUGAAAACUUGAGCCAGAAAAGAUUCAAGCUCCUUCCUUUUCUUCCUGGAGGAUUUCUGGGUCGCUGGGAAAAGAUGCAGACUGGAUUCCGAUUAAAUUUGAGCCCUGUUAGAGAGCCUCUGGGUUUUGUUAAAGUCGUGGAGUGGCUCACGGCUGUCGUUGCGUUCGGGACCUGUGGAGGAUACACCGGCAGAACCCAGCUCUCCAUCUUCUGUGCCGGAGGAGACAACGAGACACUCACGGCCACUCUCACAUACCCGUUCAGGCUGAACCAGGAGCGGCUGCUGGAGAACAACGCCACUCUGUGCAACCGCACCGUUGCUGAAACGCAUCUGGUGGGAGACUCCUCGUCCGCGGUGGAGUUCUUCGUGGCCGUGGCCGUCCUGGCGUUCCUCUACUCUAUGGUGGCUCUGCUGGUGUAUCUGGGAUACAUGCAUGUGUACCGAGACUCAGACUUCGGCCCUAUGUUUGAUUUUGUGUUAACUUCGGCCUUUGCGUUCCUGUGGCUGGUGUGCUCGUCGGCGUGGGCUCGAGGCUUGCAGACGGUGAAGGACGCCACCGGGACGGCUGGCAUGGACUCGACUCUGGCGCUCUGCAGGGACGCAGGUGUCAGAUGUGAAGUCACUGAGUUUGCCAGCAUGCGCUUGCUCAAUAUAUCUGUGGUGUUUGGUUACUUGAAUCUUCUCAUAUGGGUUGGGAACGCCUGGUUUGUGUAUAAGGAGACGCGCUGGCACUCUCAGAAGGUCAACGCUCAGCCAGCUGCGGGACGGGGUCCGGCUACAGCGCACAUCUAAACACACACACAACAUAAUGACACUUACUUUAGCCUUACGGUUACAUUUUAUUUGGUAACACUUUAUUUUACAGUGUCCUUGUUACUUAUGUUACAUGCACUUACCGUAGUAAUAACAGUAAAUU